GAAAGAGGCAGGGUGAGGAACAAACAGAGAGAGAAACACAGGGAGAGUGAGGAACAAACAGAGAGAGAGAGAGAGAGAGAAAGAAAGAAACAGGGAGGGUGAGGAACAAAGAGACACAAAUAACAGGGAGGGGGGAGAGAGACAGAACAGAGAGGGGAAAGAACUAACAAAAUAACGGAGAGAGGAGGUGAGGAACUAAGAGACAAUAUCAGGGAGAGAGUGAGAGACAAAAACGGAGGGGGUAAGGAGCUAACAGAGUGACAGGGAGGGAGAGACAGAAACAGAGGCUGAGAAACUAAGUGAGAAAGUAAUAAAGAGAAGACAUUGAUGAACUAACAGAGAGACAAUGUAACAGAGACAGAAACAGGAGGUUAGGAACCAACAGUCAACAGAGAGAACAAACCGAGGGAAAACCCGAGAGAAGAGAGAAACAACGAGAAAAAUAACAGAAGGCUAAUUUAUUUGGAUGAUCCUAAUCCAGAUUUGAAGGUCAAGUCUAAGCAACAAUGACUGAAAUCGCAAUCGAUCAAUCCAAUUUACCUCGAGUACGAGAAGUGUGCCGUGGGUUUGCUGUCUUGGAGGAUGGGGCGUUAGCACACAACCUUCAGGAAAAAGAGAUUGAACAGCACUACGCUUCAAACAUUGAGAAGAACAAGUUGGUUCGGCAGGAUGUCUGUGUGGCCAAAAAGCUGCAGGACCAAGAGGAGUUGGAGGCCAAACACUACAGCCGGGAGCACCAGCAAGAGAUUGAGGAGCUGGAUUCACAAUACGCCAAAGUUGUGCAAGAGGAGAUUGAGAAGCACAUGGCAGAGAGUCUACAGCGGGAGGAGCAGGACAAGGAGGUGGCCAGGAGGUUACAGCAGGACGAGGAGUUGAGGGACCAGAGGAGGCUGGUGCUGGAGGCCGAGAUGUACGCGGCUGGAGAUGAAAUGCACAGACCACCAGGGAGGAGGUUGUGGCAUGGACAUGAGCAGAACUCCUUAGAGAGCGAGGUGGCCCAGCUGAAUCUCAGUGAUUCCUACGAUAGUGACCAGGAGCAGCUACAACGGGAUGAAGCUCUGGCCCGCCUCUUACAGGAGGAGGAGGAAGUGAGGAUGGUGCAGAUGAGAUCGAGGAGCCAGAGAAACCAAGAGGAGGAUUUCCGGGCAGCUCAGGUGGCACAGGAUGAGGAAAUAGCCAAAUACAUUCAAAGACAAGAAUUAAAAGCCCACAAACAGUCCAAGCGACUGGAACAGAGGUUGGCGAGGAGAGAGCAUUCAGGAGAAAGCAGCGAAUGCUCAGAGAUACCGAAGAGGCGGAAUCAGCCAGCCUCCGCUCGACAAGAGCGAUUAAACUCGGAAGGGUUUCCAUCUCCGCGUGGUGAGCAGCCUCCCGAGAGAGGACAAUCUCCCACAGAGCAGCUCCAGCGAUCAAGGCACCUAUUCCCCAGAAACAUAGCAGAGGAGCUGGAUCCUACUUUUAAAUCCAAACAUCUGGAGCACACCUCUGACCGGUUUCCUGCAGUUCCACCAGCCUUGCCUCAGCCCUGUGCUGUACCACCAGACGGUUUCCAUGACUACCUGGACAAAUCCUCCAAGCCAGCGUAUGUCUCACCAACCAGGCGGCAGGAAGAGAAACUGGUGAGGCAGAAAUCGAAGGAGAAAAAGGAAGGUUGCAAGCAGCAAUGAGGAUGAUAGGGCUGUGGACCGGCCCUGAUGGUGCUCGCCCAGUCCCAGGAAGCCUCUGUCUACACACACGCACACAUUUACUUCUCAUUAUUGUAGACUCCAGGUUUCCACUUGAGACGCCAGUAAUAUAUUGCCCCAGUGUUCCACCCCACUGUAGCUGGGGCCCCUGCAUUGCGAGGGCUGCAGCUAUGAUUUGAGUCUGGUCCAGGCAGCUGGAUUAUCUGCCCAGUUCUGAACUUGGUGAAAGCCCACACUUUCCUACAGUUAGCUGCCACUGCAGUGAUUGGAAGGAGUGGGAGUGGGAGCGAUGAGGAGGAAUCACCAACUUCAGGUCUGGGUUGAAUGACCAACUCACUCUAAGAUUAUUUCACUGUUGAAAGUGACAGGUUGGAAUUGAAGAUCUUCUCUCCCCUCCCCCCCCUUUUCUGGACGUCCCAAGACUUGGCCAAAGAGCAGUGACCAAUCAGACACCGAGUAGGUGACCAGGUUGUGUGACUGCCUGUCACAUCUGUUUCUCACUUGUUGUUAAUUCUUUAAAUUCUGUCUUGCCGGGUGUGAGAGAUGUCAGUGCCUGGGAAUGACAUCUCCCACCUCCCAGUUCCAAAGUGACCCCGCUGCAGUUACACAGUGAUGCUUCUUUAACUCUGACCCUAACUAAAACCUUUGGUCACUGUUCAGUACUCCAUCCUGAGACUGUGCUAAAAUCCGUGAUCUUACUGGUUGUGAUCUGUAACUCCACUCAUCAAUCUACAGUCACUGUGGGGGAAUCAGUCAGAAAUCAGUCAUAGCACAUUGUAAUCUAAAGAUACCAGCCAGAGGUGAGAACAUGGAGUUACAUCCUGAACAUUUCUGUAGUUUUAGCUUUAAACAUUUUCAAUUAUUUAAUGGAUAGAAUUGAAAGAAUUUCAUUUUCAAUCAUUGCUUGGGAUUAUUUGUAGAGCAACAUUGAUGUAGCUGCCUCCCCAUGUAGAGAGAGCUUUACGCUCUGUAUCUAACCCCAUGCCGUACGUGCACUGGAAGUAUUUGACUGGGAUAGUGUAGAGGGAGUUUUACUCUGGAUCUAACCCCAUGCUGUAUGUGCACUGGAAGUGUUUGACAGGGAUAGUGUAGAGGGAGUUUUACUCUGGAUCUAACCCCAUGCUGUGCAGUUUUUUUGUGCAGGGAGAGAUUCCAAGAGCGGGGACUUUCUGGUCUUCGGUGAACAGCCUGUAAUUUCAGGCUUUUGAUUAAUUACAGGCCUAAGUACAACUUCCUUUUUUUCGAAAAAUGGGUUUAAUUUUGUAACUGGGCCAUUUUGUGUUGGGCUUUGAGAAAAUUGCACCUCCAGAAAUGUAAUGCUUAUCAUAACUGCUGCCAAAAAAAGAUUCUGUUUAUCGAAGCAUAACUGAUAUAUUAAAAAAAUUACAGGAAGGUUCCUCAGAUUAGAAUGUCUUGCUGCUUGUGGUGGAAGGGGCAGUUUCACACUGUGAUGGCCAAAGGGGCUUUGCUUCAGUUGCGUAUUGUUUAAUGGCCCUUGCAGACCCAGGGAAGGUGGGCAGUGAAUUGCCUGGCUGCUGGGUAUCACUGCAGCGAGAGUCUGAUACAGAGUUACCGCAGGCAGUGUCUCCAGCUGACUCAAGGCCCACCCUCCACCUAUCACGGAGGGAGAGGGGGAAGGGGCACUUGGAGGUUGAGAUACGUGACAAGACAGCAAACCCCUUGAAUCUGUCUGCUUUUAAACUUUCUCCCUGCUCCUUGCUGUCUCAGACCUCAGUAACAACUAAGGCCACCGUUUCUGAUCCGUCUGUCUCCUGCUAUUUCCCUGCUGCGUGUCACUGUGCGAUACUCCUGUCAGUUGAUGCAAAAGAUUUCAAACAAGACCCAAUCCAGACCCCAGGGCUGUUAGUUAUAAACUGUGUCAUUUUCAGGAAAUGCUUUUUAUUAACAUAACAGAAAAUGUGCUGACCAGUCAGCAGCUCCAGAGUUCUGACCCUGACACUCAGCAAUCCUAGCUUGGAUAGCUGGCAUCUCUCUGAGCAACCCCCACUUCAAGUCCUGCUGCCCCUGAUCUUUCUCCUGCGCUCUCCCUCCCCCUCUCUCACACACAUGCGCACACCCUCACACACUGACAUUCACUCAUUCGCACACCAUCUCUCACACUCGUCCUCUCUCACACCCGCCCUCUCUCUCUCUCUCUCUCUCUCUCUCUCUCAAACCACCACAAUCUGGCAGAACUUCCAAGUUGACAUGUUUCUUUCCUUGGCUGCUAUGUGGAGCUAAGUGCCCUGGUGGAGAAGGAUCCAGUGGAUGUAACAACUGGAAGCUGCUGGCAAAGAGUGGGGGAGAUGGGUGGUGGAGGGGGAAUGUUGUUUAGGUUAGUUGGUGUCAGUGACUGUGUAAAAAGCAGUUGUAAAAACACAAGGGAAAGUUUCUGGGGAAAGUUUGCUGCUUGUUUUAACUCCUGAAGAAAUAAUACUCAUCUGUUUUUGUUUUCUUUUCAUAAAGUUAUCUAUUUAGACUCAAACUAGGGAUAAAUUGGAAAUCCCCCAAUCUGAGGUCUGGCUACAUUAGUCAUUUCAGUCAGAAAUUUUCCCCAGUCUCUGCAGAGAUUUGGAACCCAUUGAAUUGUCUUCCUUUGGUACUUUUAAAUCUCAUCCUUCCUCUCUGCCCUCUGCAAUUUGAAGAAGGACAAAAAUGACAAGAUUUUGUGGAGCUCUAUUUCUCUCUCUCUCUCUGUCUCUCGCUCUUCCUCCCCCUGUCUCUGUCUCAUCCUAAUCAGCCAGUCGUAUGGUAACUCAAUGGCAAGGUCCAAAUCAGUAGGACUCCUCCAAAAGCAAGGUCCAAAUCAAUAUGACUCUCCCUUUUUGAAACCUGAAUGGGGAGUGAAUGAUCAAGUAAGUGAUCAUUCUGGGACUGGGACUAGUGACCUCCCACCCUGUAGAGGGCAGGAGUAUCCACCCAGUGAUCUUCAACCCUGCUCAGGAGAGAAUAGGGGCAGCAACCUUACCCUUGUCCUCCUGGGGAAAACGUAAGUCUUCCAAUGGUUUCAGAAUGACCAAUAGAAACACCACUGAGGGUGAGGGUCAAAUCCAUAAUUUUCACUUGGGAAAUCAAUGUGUUGUCCAGUAUGGCUGUGGCCAAUAAAUAGUUAAUACCUACUGAUCACAGCAACUGUUCUGGGUCAGAUGGGUGUUCCUCAACUGUGUGCUUUGGCAAUGAGUUCUUAUGUUAAUCAUUCCAGCUACAAUCACCAGCUAUGGUAUGCUUUCUGGGGGAUUCCCUGGUCUUGUGACUGUCACGUGAUGGGUAAUCCAUUGAACCAACACAUUUCCUAACUCAUGAUCUGAUAUCAUUUGCUGGUUUCUAUCCCGCAAUCCUGAUGCACACCAUGGACUUUACCCAACCCCUGGUUUCAGGUUCCAGUUCUGGAAAGGUGGCUUGACUAUCAGUUGAUCCCAGACUGAGAGACAGAGUUAAGGAAAUUAAAGAUAAAUCCUGCCCCAUUCUCAGCAUCCCUGACCAGUUAACUACAAAGGUGAAACUGUACUGAUCCAAUUACCUUCAAAUAACAAAAUAUUUUUCUUGUUGGCUUCACUGUAGAGGUUGGGAAGCAAGAAAACUAACUUUGUCAAAAUGAUCCAUUGAAAGAUUUAUUAAUGGUUCCUCCCCACCUCCACAAAAAACAAAUUGUUAUCCUGUCAUGAGGAUUCCGUGUGUCAACUUGCCCACUCCUUUUCUUGAGGCAAUUAUUUAAUUUUUUGAUAGCUUUGGAUCAGAUGGUAACUGAUUUGCCUCAGUCUG